UGAGUAUAUGAGAUGUGAUGGAAUUUGUGGCCUUCGUUAUUACUUAUGACUUGACAGAAUAUGUGUGUGGGAGCCAUUUUGGACCAGUGUCCUUGGAACAGAUCAAGCCCAGUGUUGGACUAAUUAAGAACAUCGGUAUUCUCUAAGGAGACUGUGUAUGUGCGUGUUGAACGCUGGCGGAGGGUUUAGAAUGGGCUCUCUGGUGGAGUUUCCUUUUGAACAGGAAGCUUAUUUCCUGGCUAGCUGUGGCAUCCUGCCUGACUCCAGGGGGCUGAGAGGAGAUCAGGCCAGCCCUGCCCACACACUAACACACACGCGUACACACACACACACACACACACACACACACACACACAAACACACUACCAGCUGAUAUGGACUAUGAACCCAAGAAAGUGAAGAAGGUAAGAUCUCUUCAGGUCUUUACUGCAAGGCGGUUUUUUUUUUUUACAUCUUAGAACACCCAAGCUCACCUGACUAAAAGAUUUUAAACAUUUUUAGGGUUCUGUACCUCUACUGUGUUGAUGCAGCGUAUGUGUGUGUUUAUAUAUUUGUGUGUUGGUCUGUCUAUUUGGCUCUAUGACACACGACGUAUGUGUUUCCUUUUUAGCAUCAUUAUUUUGCGUGUUUUGGUUCGUGUUGUUGUUUCUGUAAGCAGCUCAGUUCACCUGACUCCACAGCUACACAUUGGUAAUGGGUUUGUGUCAGCUCGCGCGAGCCUGACAUUCACCCUGAAGCUCUUACCGGCUAUUCUGCAUUCAGAUAAAGUGAGUUUCCUCUCCAUGCGAAAUGGCAGCCUUGUGUAUAUGCAGCUGGGUGGACUAGCUGGGCUCCUGGUCCUCUUUGGCUACAUGUUUCUGUUUCCUGUAGGACUCUCUAGCCUCUUUCGUCUUUGUGGGGCUUUGGACAAAACAAGGCUGUUGGAUAUUUGUGCACGCACACACAGACACACACAGGAACACACGCCUCACUCAUAUUCCUGCAAGGGAGGAGGGUGGAAGCCUCUCUGGUUUAGCUGAUCCGAGAGGUUGGGCGAGUGCUAAAUCUCUUCAUGCAUUCUGUUAUGCAUUCUGAGUGUGAUUAGCUGAAAGAAUUACACUGACAGCGCUAGUGUUGUGUUUCUGUGAGUAAGAACAUAAUAGCUCAGUAAGAACAUCAAAGAACAUCAAAAGAACAUAACAGCUCAUUUUAGUAAAUGCAAAACGGCCGAACUGAAUCAAACGAUUUAAUUGAAUGUGUAAAUAGAAUGAUUUUUGUUUAGUUUAGUUUUGUCUUUUGUUCUGAUGUUUUGUCAUGUUCCGUUCUGCUGUGUUUGGUUUUGCUUUACAGUCUCACUCACCCACGGCUCCCAUGACGGUUACACAAAUGCAGAUGAAAAAACAUAAUUAAGCUGGGCUGAUUUAUAGGUCACACUAGCAAUCUCAGGCAUACACUGUCAGUCAUCAUUGAUAGUCAUGUCAGUGAACUGUAGUGCAGUUUUACACAUUCUCUCUCUCUCUCUCUCUCUGCCUGUUUUUCUAAUUCUCUAUUUGUGUUCUCUACACACAUGUAAAUCAGCAGGUCACUAAUGGGGUGCGUGUUAGCUCAUCGCUCUGGCUCUGCAGGAGAUGUCCCUCACUUCUCACAGCUGUCUCUAAUGAUGUCACAGCCAGAGCUGGAAGCGUUGGGGGAACCUGGAAUCUGGAACUAGAGAAAGCCACAGCAGCCUUACGCAUACACAAAAGGCAGUGCACAAUCACUGGCAGGUCACGCGGUUUGGUGCACAAUCACUGGCAGGUCACGCGGUUUGGUGCACAAUCACUGGCAGGUCACGCGGUUUGGUGCACAAUCACUGGCAGGUCACGCGGUUUGGUGCACAAUCACUGGCAGGUCACGCGGUUUGGUGCACAAUCACUGGCAGGUCACGCGGUUUGGUGCACAAUCACUGGCAGGUCACAUGGUUAAUUGAUUUACCACUCAUUUUGUAUAUGCAUGAUACGGUGCAAGCUUAUCUCUUUACUCAAGAUAUCAGUGUCAUUUUAAGUUUCAUAUCAGGAGACUUAUUUCACAGGCACAACUAAGCAUUUAAAAGGACAGAUUAAAUGCUUUCAGAUGUGAUGGGCUUUGCUUUUGUUCAACAAGCUAAUUGAUUUGUCUGUAGGUAUCAAUUUAGCCUAAUGCACUUCUACUGUCUACCUUUUUAUCUAAUAUCAAUUAUACUCAGAUAUACAAAAUAUUUUUUUCUUAUUGGCUCUGCCACUAUAUAUUUUUCAAACACUUUAGUCCACAUCUACUGUGCACACCGCAUUUACUUUUAAACUGCGAAUUCUAGCAACGUAGAAUGCACAAAUAUCCUGACCAGCCUGUUCGAUUCUGCAAACACUGCUUUGGUGACUCUGUCCGUUACCUCCAGCUGGACCUUAUCACUGGCUUGUCCUUUCUUCCUUCUCUGUCCCUACAUGUUCAUGGCUCCGCGACUCCUUAUGGAGGGGCUCGUCUCACCCAUCAAGCGCCUGGUCUUCCCGAAGUCGUCCCGACGUCAGGCGGAGAGGGUGGGUGUGCGUCGGCGGCCCCUCCACACGGUGCCCCUCUACCCACCCGACUUUCUCAUCCACCCCGAACGCCUCAUCUUUGACUAUGUGGAGAAGGAGGUCAAGUUCCUAGGUCACUUGACGUGGGUGUCGUGCUCGCUGAACCCCUCCAGCCGUGACGAACUGCUGCAGCUCCUCGACAUGGCCAAGAAGCUGAAGGUCCUGCCGCUGCAGACGUGCGUGGAGCAGGACUGCAUCCUCAGCCUGUCGGCACGCUGCCUGCUGCUCACCUGGAGGGACAACGAGAAGCUACUGCUGCGCAUCCCCACACAUGAGCUCGCCGCUGCCUCCUAUCUGCGGGACGAUGCGCUGCACUUGCUGGUGCUCAAAACAGGUCUUAAUGUCGACACCAUCCUGGCAAGCGAGAGUCAGGAGAAAAGGCCCACGGGCCUUGAGGGCCGCCGGCAGACCCUGAGCAACGCCGACCCUCGGCCUGCAGGGGGCACUAUGGAGCGACGGCACACCAUCUGUGGCGUGGAAUGGAGACCGUCCACGCGCCACGAGUCCAAGCAGAGCCAGGGGGGGACAGGUUCAGCCGGAGGCGGGGCCGGGAGCGGCAGCGGAGGGGGCAGUCUGGAACGGCGGCAAGCCGGGGGCAGCUGGGAGCGCCGCCAGACCCGCAAGCCGUGCGGGGGCAGCUGGGAAAAGAGGCCUGUAGGGGGCAGCUGGGAGCGGCGAGGCCCCGCGGGCGGGGGGGGCGGAGGCGGAGGAGGGGUGGGUGGCAGCUGGGAGAAGAGGCACGGGCCUGGGGGGAAAGUGGGGGGCAGCUGGGAGAGGAAGCACGGACAGGGUGGGAGCUGGGAGCGCAGGCACGCCUACAUGGGGAGCUGGGAAAGGGGCAAGACCUACGGCAGCUGGGAGAGGAGGAACUACAACCCCCUGGAGCCCACGCCAUGCCCUGAUGCUUACUGCAACCUGGUUGUGCUGGCUGUGGAGAACAGGGACGCUGCAGAGGAGUACUGUGCCCUCAUAUGUCAGAUGUUUCAGAUCAUCUAUGGCCACCAGACCAUUGAGUGUGUGGACAGGGCAGGAUAUCACUACGCCGUGCCUGACCGCUAUUGGCUACAGAGAAGUGAUAGCUGCCUGACAGAUAUGACAUACGGCUUUGACACAGACUUCAGCUGCUGCAGUUCAUAUGAUGGUUCUCAGGACGCCUUUGAACCCUACUACAGUGAGAACUACAGCGAGAGCUCGUCUCUCUCAUACCACGACUCCCAUCGCAGUCUGGCAUCUAUACACAGCGACUCAGAACCCAGCAGUGCCAGCCUCCAGCUAAUGCAAGACUACAUGAUUACGCUGCGGAGUAAGCUGUCGCCCCAGGAGAUCCAGCAGUUCGCCCUGCUGCUCAGGGAGUACCGCGUAGGUGCCCCCGUUGACCAGUUCUGCACGGAUCUGCUCCAGCUCUACGGCGACUUGCGCAAGUUCCUCCUGCUCGGUAUGAGGCCCUUCAUCCCGGAUCAGGACGUGGGGGCUUUCGAGGCGUUCCUGGAGGGCAUUGGCAUCCGCGAGGGCGGCAUCCUGACAGACAGCUUCGGCCGGAUCAAGCGCAGCAUGAGCAGCACGUCGGCGACGGCCGUGCGCGGCUACGACGGCGGCUCGCUGCCAUGCAGCACGCACGACUUCAACCGACGCAUCAGCGACAUCGCGCACGACAUUGAGGCGCUCGGGUUCGAGGAGGGAGACGGCGACAUCGAGGAGGAGGACUACUACCUCUGAGAGAGAGAGAGAGAGAGAGAGAGAAAAUCACUGAUCUUCUCAUAAUGUCGACUUGCAGUUGAAUUACAUUUAGGAUCACGCAAUCACGUAUCAGAAUAUGGCCUUUUAAACCUUUUUAAAACCUGUCUCUCCUUUCCUUUUACUGUGGCUAACACUAAUAGUUUGUCAUUAACUAAGUUUUGCAUUCAAUUUGCAUCUGUGGAUUUGCAUAUCAUUUGCGUGCAUGUUACUGUGUCACGCCUGCCAUGUGACAACAUUACAAACUAGAUCUGCAGCAUGAUGAGAGAAAGAAAAAGCCUUGGAGAAUAAUGUAGGCAGCAGUGUGGUACUGACACAGUGACAAAUGUUGUUAAAGAGAAGGUCAGACCUCAAAACUCGGGGGGGGGGGGUGAGAGUAGCAGGACAUGGAGGUCAGUUCUACUGUGUGCACGCUAGUGUGUAAGAGGCCACGGCUGACUUACUCGGUCUGCUUGAUCAGUGCCACUGCCUCCAGGAAGAAGCAGAUACAAGACCUGUGUGGCUGCCACUCUGGUGGCACUGUAACCUUACCACAAGCCACUACCCACCUGCGGUCUGUACAGGAGGCCGACUGUUACUGCACAGGGAACGCUGAAGGUUACCAAAGGGCAUCUGCGUCUUUGCCUCUGAGGCUAAUUAGCCAGUCUGUAAUCGUAGGGUUGGGGGGUGGAUGGAGGGGGCAAGUGACGAUUAUAAUCAUACCCAUCAUCCCAAACAGCUGCAGCUAUGCGAUUAUUACGCCGAGUUUUUAAAAAAACGUGAUACAAUGUGCUUAGGAUGUGCAAGGUCACAUGCUUCCAACUGCCUGUCCAUUUUGGGGUGAAAACAUUUAUAUGGCCAUACUACAGCCAACAGCAAGAAGAUGUAUAAAUGAAGGGAAAAUGGAGCUCAGUUUUGAUUUUCAUAAAACUGUCCACUACAGAAACUGAACACUAAUGCAAGCUUUGCACCAGUUGAAUACUCUGAAUAAUUUUGAAUGUUGAGGCAAAAUAUGCCAAUUCAUGUUAAUCUGAAUUUAAAUAUGGCAAUAAACUGAAUCCAUUUUGA